CCGAGCGGAGCCCAGCGGGGCAGCGGCGCUGCCGGCGCCUCCCCGGUGCCCGCCGGGCCGGGCCGGGCGGCGGCGGGAGCAGAGCCAGGGAAGAUGACAUCUCGGCUCCUGUGAGCCAGCAGUGCCCAGGGAGAGCCAUGGAGCUGGAGUACGAGCUGCCCAACGCCACCGCCUUCUGGUUCUCCCCGGCCUCCCCCUUCGACAACUUCUCCCUGGAGGCGCCCAGCAACACCUCCCAGAACGCCACGGGCCAGCACUUUGACCUGACCAGCAACGCCAUCCUCACCUUCAUCUACUUCGUGGUCUGCAUCAUCGGGCUGUGCGGCAACACGCUGGUCAUCUACGUCAUCCUCCGCUACGCCAAGAUGAAAACCAUCACCAACAUCUACAUCCUCAACCUGGCCAUCGCCGACGAGCUCUUCAUGCUCGGGCUGCCCUUCCUGGCCAUGCAGGUGGCCCUGGUGCACUGGCCCUUCGGCAAGGCCCUCUGCAGGAUUGUCAUGACGGUGGAUGGCAUCAACCAGUUCACCAGUAUCUUCUGCCUGACGGUUAUGAGCGUGGACCGCUACCUGGCUGUGGUCCAUCCCAUCAAAUCUGCCAAGUGGAGGCGGCCCAGGACAGCCAAAAUGAUCAACGUGGCCGUUUGGGGCGUCUCCCUGCUGGUGAUCAUGCCCAUCAUGAUUUAUGCUGGGGUGCAGCACAACCACGGCAGGAGUAGCUGCACCAUCAUCUGGCCGGGAGAGUCGGGCGCCUGGUACACGGGAUUCAUCAUCUACGCCUUCAUCCUGGGCUUCCUGGUGCCUCUCACCAUCAUCUGCCUUUGCUACCUGUUCAUCAUCAUCAAAGUCAAAUCCUCGGGCAUCAGGGUGGGCUCCUCCAAGAGGAAAAAGUCCGAGAAGAAAGUCACCAGGAUGGUGUCCAUCGUGGUCGCCGUCUUCAUCUUCUGCUGGCUCCCCUUCUACAUCUUCAACGUCUCCUCCGUGUCCGUCAUGAUCGUGCCCACGCCCGUCCUCAAGGGCAUGUUCGACUUCGUGGUGGUCCUGAGCUACGCCAACAGCUGUGCCAACCCCAUCCUCUACGCCUUCCUGUCCGACAACUUCAAGAAGAGCUUUCAGAACGUCCUGUGCCUGGUGAAGGUCAGCGGCAUGGACGAGGCCGACCGCAGCGACAGCAAGCAGGACAAAUCCCGCCUCAACGAGACCACGGAAACCCAGAGGACCCUGCUCAACGGUGACCUGCAGACGAGCAUCUGAGGGGACGGCGGGGUUUGUCCUGCCUGCGCCCCUCCCCUUCCCGCUGGCUCCCGGCUGCAGCAGGGGGGUGGCAGCACGGGGUCGGGGCAGGAAUGCCACCUGAGGGGACGGCUGUGAGCACGCGGUGGCCUCGGGGCUCCUCUGCUGGGCUCCUCUCUGCUGGGUUGGCUUUCGAGUGCUGGGAAGGAUACGGGUCAGGAGGAGCCGCCUCGCCAGGAAAACAAAGACAACUCACGGCGACACCAAAAUGCCACCGCGGGCACAGGUACGGCCGGGGCGGCUCUGCUGGGUCCCCCGUGCCACCCUCGGGGCUCUGCACCUGGACACACCCGGGGACCUCAGGAGGAGCCGAGGCCACAGGUGUGUGACAACACGGGGACGCACCGACCUGGUGGGAGCUGCCGGCGAGUGUCCCUCCCGAGGAGACCAGGAUGUUUGGGAUUGCGUUUUCCCCCGGUUAUUCCCUGCUCCGCCGCGUGCCCUGCCGCCUCCCCGCGCUCUGUGACUGCCGCAGCCGCCCUGCCCGGAGGGGACACGCCAGCACCGAGGUGACUUCCCCACGGGAAGCAGCUCUGCCCCCGCAGCAGCCCCUCUGCCGCCUCCAGCCCUGCCGUGUCCCGCUGCUGCAGAGCCCUUUCCCUGCCCCUGCCGCGGCGUCACCCGCCCGCAGAUUUUCUCCUCGGAUGGAGAAUUUCCCCCUUGGCCCUCCCCGGUAGCCGCUGCCCCUCCCACCGCCCGCAUCGGCCGGUCCCACGCUGCGCCGGCGGCCGCCACCGCUGCUCCGGGCACCACGAGCGCUCCGCUCCCUGCUGGGAAAUCCUUGGAAGUGUUUCAGCAGCCGUGACACGUUGGAGAAGCCUGGCACGGGCACCUCGCGCUGCCAGCGGCUCCUGCACCCGGCUGAGAUCGGGGUUUGUCCGGCCACGGCUCCGAGGAUCUCUGGGGUGACACCUCCCUGCUCCUUCCAGGCAAGUCACGCUGGAGAGGAUGGGGAUGGGCAGGGGGUGCUGAGGACUCGGUCCCCACCCUUGUCCGAGCCGAAGGGAGCGGGCAGAGCAGACAACGGGGCUCCCAGCAGCAGGGGAUGAGGAAGGGCAGGGCAGCAGCACGGAUCCAUCCCCCUGGAUCCGGAUCCUGCACUGUGUGAGGGAUGUGGGCUGGCCCCACAUCCGCUCUAUUUGCCUUCCCAAGAUGUCCCGACUCGUUCGGCUCUGUCCCUGUCCCUGGCUGCCCUCCCAGCUCGGCACAAACCCGGGGCUCUGACCCCCCAGCGGAGCCCCUCCUUGGCUCCGGAGCUGCGGGGAAAGCCCAGGGGAGAGGGAGAAGUGCCGGCUUCCUCCCGGAGCACCCGGAGCAGCUGCUGCGCCAGAGGCCGGAUCCGUUCACAGGCCCCUGUUCCAGAGCUGAGCCGUGGGAACGCUCAGGGGGGGGUUUAGGUGGAGGGAACAGCCGGGGCUCGGUCACCCUGCCCUGUGCCAGCCCACCCUGGUGCCACCGUCACCAGCAGAACGGAGCUUUGCCCCGCAGUACAAUGUGGGAGGUGAGGCUGCACCGGGUGCCACCUGCCUUGGGGUCCCACUUGCUCAGCCAGGUGAUGCUCCUGCUCUGGCUGGAGUUUUCCCAUGGCUCUGCCCAGCUCCUGCAGCAAAUCCCAGCCUGGGGCAUCCCAUCCUGCUGUGCCACAAAAGGGUGCCAGGCUGGCUACCUGCUCCUGCCUCUGUCGGACGCUGCAUUUACUGCAAGACAAAGCAGAGCCAUGUCAGCAAUUGUUUGCUUUUAACUCUUUCCUGCUCCUCCGAGGAGCACUGCCAGCGUUCAGGUGCCCGUGUGGCACCUCCCUGUCCCCUCGCUGGGCACCGAGCACGGCCCUGGUGUGGGCAGUGCGGCUGACCCCGGGCUCGGGGCACGGCGGGUCGCUGCUGACGCUGCAGGAAUUGCAGCAGCAGCUCGGGGCACGGUGAAACGCCGC